AAACAAAAACAAACUGUGAAGCAUGGCAAAAUUAUUUUCAAAUUUCUCUAUUUCUUGUGACAUUCUAUUUAAAUUUUUUUUAUAAAUUUAAAAACGUAAAUUUUGGAAGCAAAUUACUUAAAAAUCAAUAUUGAUUAACAUUUUUAAAAUGGAAGAAAAGACAAAUGUUGAAAGUACAGAUUUUGAACAAACCCAAUUAGCUAGGUUGAUUCAUGCUAAAAAUAUGAUUGAAUCGUACAGUUCUGACAAUGGAGUUGAUGAUGAUGAUUUAGUUCUUUCAGAAGAGGCUCGGUUAGCCUUAUUGAGUCAUUUAGAAGAAGUUUAUAAAUCUACUGCAGAGGCAGAAAGUACAUUUGUGGAAGAGGAUUGGGAAUUAAGCCAAUUUUGGUAUGAUGAGGAAACAUCAACUUUGCUUGCUAAAGCAGCAUUAGAAUGUGUAGGAGAAAAUGGUCGGAUAGCUUGUGUUUCAUCUCCUUCAGUUUACAAUCAACUGAGAAAAAUAUCAGAGUCAAAAAAACACUACUUGUUUGAAUAUGACAAAAGAUUUCAGGAUAAAUUUCCUGGACAAUUUGUUUUUUAUGAUUACAAAUCUCCUUUACAGUUAGAUUCCAAGUUGUCAUCUUAUUUCGAUUUGGUUAUAGCUGAUCCACCAUUUCUGUCUGAAGAAUGCUUGGAAAAAUUUACACAAACCAUAAACUUUUUGACAGAUAAAAAAGUUAUUCUCUGCACAGGUGCUAUCAUGGAAGAAGCUGCUAAGAAAUUAUUAAAUCUUCAAACUUGCAACUUCAAACCUCAGCAUGAGAAAAAACUAGGCAAUGAAUUUAAAUGUUAUGCAAACUUUAAUCUAGAUGAAAUUAUAGCUUCUAUUAAAAAAUGACAGCUUUGUUUUAAUCAUAUUUCACUGGUACAAAAACAACUCAUCAUGCCACAAGCAUAAACAAAUUAGAUAAAACAAAUGUUACUACUCAAUUAUAAAAGUAAAUACUUCCUGCUUUGCAUAAAGGAAAUCAUCAGCUUUCUUUAAUUGUUCAGGUAUUCAAUUCUUUCUUCUUCCUGAUGUUUAUUACUUCUGGUUGCUUCCUUCUAUGUAUAAUUAAAUGUUUUUUUACUCUUAACUUGAAAUCCAAAUAAUAAGUUAAAGUUAUAUAUUUAUUUUACAGUUGUUUAAUGUAUUGAAUAAUUUCUAUCAUAACAAUCAU